AUGCUGCAGGUGGGGGUCAGCCUGCCCCACUCCCCCGUCCCCAUGGCCGAGCUGCCUGAGGGUGAUAACAUGGGCACAGAGCAAGAGAUGUUUGGCUCCUCUCCCGUCACUGUUGUGAUCACGUCCGAGGCUGACACUUGGGAUAUUGACGCCUCCUCUUGUCUGGGCUGUGGACAGUUCGUGGAUUGGGACAGGAUGCCAGACCCAGAGCAACAGGCACACAUCCCCCGAGACAUCCUCAGCAAGCCCCCGAAGGAGCUGAAGAAGCUGGCAAGAGAAGGCUACUGGGCAACGAGCCGCGCUCUGAGAGCUCAGGUCUACCACCAGCUCAUCCAGCAGGUCACCUGCCGGCUGGUCACCCCAGAUGCUCUUGUCUACAGGGAUGUGGCGAGUCGGCUCUUUGGGAAGCCAAGUGUGAGCUCCCACCCUUUGCCUGAGUUCCUGGAAGGAUGCUCCAUGCCCACGUACUGCCUCAACCUGGAAGGAGUCACCGCCUUGAAGAAGAUCCUCAUCUGUGUUGGCAACCUUUUCCCUGACAUAACCUACAGCCCGAUCCUCCCCUCUCUGGUGGCUCUGUUGCUGCACUAUAGCGAAGAUGAAGCCCAGUGCUUCGAGAACAUCUCUCGCCUCAUCGCCAGCAACGCUCCCCACACCAGCUACAUUGAUCAGUCUUUCCUGGCUCACCAGGCCUCCUGCAUGACUUUUGGGGAUCUGGCCAACAAGCACUGUCCGGCAGCUCACAAACUCAUAGCCAGCACCUCUGAGAACGUCUUUGAGGUCUACCGCGAAUGGUUAUCGUGGCUCUUUCACGACCUCCCCUUCAGUUAUGCCAUUCGCGUCUUUGAUGUCUACCUGCUGGAGGGGCAAAAGGUCCUUUACCGCAUCGCUCUGGCCUUGCUGAAGCAGUACAGGCUCUCAGUGACCUCCGCCGAGCUGGAGGGGACCGACAUCAAGGCAGACCUGCAGGCUUUCAUGCAGAACAUUGCUGAGCAUGUGACUGUUGACAAACUCCUAGAGAGAGCCUUUGGCAUCCGGCUGUUCUCCCGCAAGGAAAUCUGGCUUCUCCAGAUGGCCAACAGGAAGGCGUUAAUGGAGAGGGGCAUAACCAUGGUGCAGAGCAGGCAGUCCUUCCACCUGGCUGUGGACAUGCAGAACUUCAGCUCCAGCAUUGUAACGGCUCAGGAGAUGCGCAUCAUCUGGUCCUGGAUCCCCGAGCGCUUCUCCCUCUUCCCUCCACUGCUGCUCUUCUCCACCUCAGAAGAUGGGUGCAGCCUGCAAAGGUUUUACACGUGCUGUGAAGGCUACGAACCAACGGUGCUGCUCAUAAAAACCACAGAAGGAGAGGUCUGUGGGGCAUUUCUCUCCUCCGACUGGAGCGAAAGGAAAAAGAGUGGGGCCACAUUGGGCUUUUUUGGGACCGGGGAGUGCUUUGUCUUUACUGUGCGCCCUGAGACAGAGAGGUAUGAGUGGGUGUUCAUCAAGAAGCCCGAGCUGGCCAAAGCUGUGCCGCGCUCACGUCAGCGGUCACCUUCCCCUUCUCCUGCAUCCCCCCUCAGCUCCUCCCCGGACAGCCGCAACACCAGCUCAAACCGUCUCACCGUGCCCACGCCGCAGAGGAAAAGCCGUCUCUCCCCGUUUCUGGCCAUCAGGCAUUUCCUCUUGCCUUCCAAAACAGCCUCCAUGUUCAUGUCUGGGUCUCGCGAAGGGAUCAUUAUUGGUGGAGGGGGAGGCCAAGCUCUGUCCCUCGACGCCGACCUGCUCUGGGGACACACGGAGCACUGUGACACUUUCGACAACCCUCCGCUUUGCCAGGAGAACUUCAAGGUGCAGCUCUUGGAAGUGUGGGGCUUUCAAAACACCUAG